UGCAUCGCACGGGUGAGAUACUAGUUAUAGAGAAUUGUAAGAGAUUUUUCCUUAACAAAAAAUGUUUAAGUGAAGGACUAUACUCAAAAUCAGAAAAUAAAUCUGCCUUUAACUCGAAUAAAAAUAAUUUUGAAGGACUUGUCCCAAAUUGUCGAAAUUCGUUAGGUUUCCAAUUUUAAUAAUAAACCCGCCAAUCACAGUCUACCAAACGCAGUGGGCAAAACUCAGAAGAGAUAUAAAGAAGAAAUGUCGAGGAAUGCGAAGAUCGAAUCACCCGAAAAUGUGUUGAAAUUGGCGAUAACCACUUCUCCGGACAAGGAAUAUACGAGCCUAGCAUCAGUCAGUACACAACACAAGCCCUUUGAUUUUUUAGGCGUGUUAUACGAGAGUGCUGUGGCAGGAGCUGCUGCUGGUACGUUGGUCGAAACUGUUUUGUACCCUAUUGAUACGAUAAAAACUCGAUUACAGGCAGUUCGUGGCGGGGGUGAAAUAAUUUGGAAGGGACUUUACUCUGGUUUGGCUGGAAAUCUUGUUGGUGUUAUACCGGCAUCGGCACUAUUUAUUGGCGUAUACGAACCUGCAAAGCAGAAACUGCUCAAGAUUUUUCCCGAAAACUUAUCUGCCAUAGCACACCUGGCUGCAGGUGCGCUUGGCGGAGCUGCUUCUUCUAUAGUUCGAGUUCCUACUGAGGUGAUUAAACAAAGGAUUCAGACUGGUCAAUUUGUUUCAGCACCUGAUGCUGUCCGCCUUAUAGUUGCUAAGGAGGGUUUUAGAGGCCUUUAUGCGGGAUAUGGAUCCUUUUUAUUGCGAGACUUGCCUUUCGAUGCAAUCCAGUUUUGCAUUUACGAGCAACUUCGAAUUGGAUACAAGCUAGCUGCAAAAAGGGAUCUGAAUGAUCCUGAAAAUGCAAUUAUUGGUGCCUUUGCAGGUGCAAUAACUGGUGCUAUGACAACUCCUCUAGAUGUGAUAAAAACCAGAUUAAUGAUACAGGGAUCAACAAAGCAGUACAACGGUAUACGUCACUGCAUUAAUACUAUUCUAAAAGAAGAAGGAAGCUCUGCUUUUUUCAGGGGGAUGGGGCCUAGAGUGUUGUGGAUAGGUAUCGGUGGUUCGAUAUUUUUUGGAGUUCUUGAGAAGACGAAGCAGCUUACGUCUCAAAAGCCCUCCUUUGCAUGAACCAAGUGUUAGAGUAAUUAAAAACGAAGCUAUGAAUUCGUUAAACAACCAUUUGUUUCUUGUAUAUUCAUCCCAUUUGCAGAAUCAAGAAUGUUAAUUUUUUUCUUGCCCCCAAAUAAUCUCUCUUAUU